AUGCCUUCCAACACGGCGUCGUCUAGCUCCGCCCCUCCCGGAUCUUCAGAUCCUUCCGCUCCCCGCAAAAACUCAAAGCGACCCAAGUAUUCGAAGUUUACACAGCAAGAGCUUCCUGCUUGCAAGCCAAUUCUCACGCCUGGUUGGGUGAUUCUGACGUUUUUAGUCAUUAGUGUUAUCUUCAUCCCACUCGGAGUUGUUUCUCUUUUCGCUUCACAGGAUGUUGUGGAGAUUGUUGAUCGGUAUGAUAAUGUUUGUAUACCCCCGCCUUCUAGGGCUAACAAGGUUGCUUAUAUUCAAGGAGGUGAAACCAAGUCUUGUACCCGGACACUAGUGGUUCCUAAGAAGAUGAAGCAGCCUAUCUACGUUUAUUACCAGCUUGAGAACUUUUACCAGAAUCACCGCAGGUAUGUGAAAAGCAGAAGUGAUGCGCAGUUGAGAAGUGUGAAAGAUGAGAAUCAAAUAGAUGCAUGCAAGCCUGAGGAUGAUGUUCAUGGGCGGCCGAUUGUGCCGUGUGGUCUAAUUGCUUGGAGUCUCUUUAAUGACACAUACGCUUUGUCAAAGAACAACCAGACUUUAAAUGUAAACAAGAGAGGAAUUUCGUGGAAGAGUGACAGGGAACACAAGUUUGGCAAAAAUGUAUUUCCCAAGAACUUUCAGGAGGGUAAUAUCACGGGUGGUGGCAAGUUAGAUCCAAAUAAAUCGCUGAGUGAGCAAGAGGAUCUGAUUGUGUGGAUGAGAACUGCAGCUUUGCCAACAUUUAGAAAACUAUACGGGAAGAUAGAGAUUGACCUGGAGAAAGGUGAUCAUAUACACGUGAAUCUGGAAAACAACUACAACACAUACAGUUUCGAUGGGAAGAAGAAGCUUGUUUUGUCGACAACUAGUUGGCUUGGUGGAAAGAAUGACUUCCUCGGCAUUGCUUACCUCACAGUUGGAGGAAUCUGUUUCUUCUUGGCACUUGUAUUUACUAUCAUGUAUCUUGUGAAACCAAGGAGACUUGGAGAUCCUACUUACUUGUCCUGGAACAGAGUUCCCGGUGGUGGUCGGUAA